CUUCAUUCGGCAAAAUUCCAGCAGGUCUGAACAAUGAGCGCGUGGGAACAAUGGGGUGGCAAGAAGCCCACGAGUGGCGGGCUACAGGGCGCACAGGACGCCUUUAAUAGCUUCUUACGCUCGUCCCCACUGUCAACGGCAUCCACCGCCAGCACCGACAGCGAAGGAAGCGCUCCCAGCUUCUCGCUGCAGAAGAUGUGGGACUCGGCGCGAGAUCUGACGAAGAACGCAGUGACGACCUCUAAUACCACGGCAACCAAGGACGCAUCCGACGUCAUGGAGAGCGGUCAGAUGGAUGACACAGUGGACGACGCGACGGCUGUCAAAUGGCCGCUAUGGAGGAAGAACUCAACCAGCCAGGGCGGUCUUAUCCCCACUAUGAGCUGGAACACGAGGUUCAAAUACUUUGUGGGUAUGGCCAUGCUGGGUAUGCUGUUCUUCGGCAUGGCUUCAAUCUUCCUGCCUCUGAUCAUGGUUCGGCCGUCCAAGUUCGCACUGAGCUUUACACUUGGCAGUAUUUGCUGCAUGGGUGCGUUUGCGAUGCUCAAGGGCCCAGCAGCGUACAUUUCAGGCCUGCUGCAGCCGAAUCGACUCCUGCUGACCAGCGCAUACUUCGUGACACUUGGGUGCACGUUGUAUAGCUGUUUAAUUCUGGGGAACUACGUGUUCGUGGUGUUAAGCUCCGUGAUGCAGUUGAUGACGCUGGGAUCGUUCGCGUUGUCAGCAUUUCCAGGUGGAAACUCAAGUUUGAAAGCGUUCGGUGCGCUGUUCUUGAAAUCGGCACGUGGCAUGAUCCAAGCGCUCGCUCGACUCUUUCGAUAAAUACAGCGGGCACUCUUAAGGUUUGGGAACGCCGCAGAAUAGUUCGCCACAGGUACUGGGCCAUAUGAACACCUCCAUAAUAGCAGGCUCGAUCCACAUUUUGUUUAUUACGGAGCUGUUUACUUGUUUCCCGUUGCCACAAACUCGCUGUGUAAUGCAGCGCAUCUACGUGAGCUCAUUAAAUGAGGGAUAUGUAUGCUCGACUAGUGAUGUUCAGCCGUGAGGCGGGACGUCACAGAAACAGUAGUUGCAUGUACUCCUAAAGACGAUAAUGUCCGCAGACUCCUCUCGCGAAUAUUAGAUCGAAUCCAUUAACAUUUAGUUCGGAGUGCUGCUUACCAUCGAAUGCCAAAGUGUAUUUUGAAGACCAGGGGACUAAUCAGUUCGUGACAAAGGAAGCGAAUAGGGACAUGCCGUUCUGUAAUAAUUUCCAGAUCAUCUGUGGUGCAGAGCACUCCAGUUUUGCCUUACAACCGACCAAACUUCGAGAGGUAUAUAGACCGCGAUGUUUGCGCCGUCGCACGAUAAAGUCCAUGAACCGGUCUGUAACAGAGAUCGCAAGCAUUGCGAUCGUCCGGAAUCCUAGCGGCGUCUCAGCGGCGACUAGCGCCUCCUGGUGGCAUCCGGCUGCUUGUCCAAGUCGCUCCAGGCCUGCAGCAGCAUCUGGGUCAGCUUGAUUCAUCCUGAAGCAGUUGGGCCCUCACAUGCGACGCACCAGUCCAUCGCCCUGAGUCUUGGUCAAGUCUCGCUGCGGCAUGUGGUCGUCCAUGUACUUGAUACCGAGACCCAGCGCCACGCACAACACGGCGUACCCGGCACUGAAUUAAGUGACGACAAGGAGUGAGCAACCGCAUCAAAUGAGCAGCGUGGGAGGACGGACCUUUGCCGUGCCGAGAGGUUCUUGAACGCCAGGAACAUACCAAGCAGAGCCGGCUGAUCUUGAAUUUUACACGGUUUAUUGAGGCAAGGGAGCUGGACUAAACACUGCUGAUUUUGUAAUUUAAAUAAUUUACAGAUUGGCUGAAUUGAUAUGAAUAUGGGAUUCAUAAAGCGGCUAUUUUUGCAGUUAACUG